AUGGCAUCCCUCAGGCAGACUGCCCGGAGACUUUUCCAAACAUUGUCACAGAUUCCUGAAUUACAACCUGCCACGGCACUACUCAUCGGAGGUAUAGCUGCCAGUCAAUAUCUCCACGGAGUCAAUCCAGAGAGCAUUGAUGUCUUGAUCAACCUACGCGGCGAUUACCAAGCCGGUACCAAUGUGCACGUUGCUCGUCUUGCUCAGAGGCGUUUUCCUGGAAUAUUUACCAUUGAUAACAAUCCCGGCUAUGGACUUCGCACAGUGUUUAGGGGAGUCCCUAUCAGGUUCCACCACAAGGAUACGCUACCUUGGAUAACUUCAUCAUCGAUGACACCAGUCGCGAACGCCGGGAGUUUCCUCCCAUUUUUAAACAUGUACGAUUUGAUGGUUUCACGCUUCUGGUCCGCGCGCCUUCGCGGCACCGACUACUACGAAAUCGACAUUUCCCAGGCCGUCAAACUUAUGGUUAAAUUGGUAGAUCCAGUAACCGGUCUUGUCUCGGUUACGGAUGUCCAACGAGAAUUCCUGCGUUGUCCUGUUGAGGAGUUGUGUGGACGGUCUGACACCGACCAGUGGCUGCUCCAAGUUUUUGAGAUGUGA